AUGGCCAUGAAGUUCAUGGAGUAUAGGAACAACAAUAGCAGCAACAGUGAUUUCAGGGCGAAAAUGGAAGAGAACGCUGUGCAGGAAGCGGCGUCUGGGCUCGAGAGCGUCGAAAAGCUAAUCAGAUUGCUUUCCCAGCAGAGUCAGCAGCAACAACAAUACCAAUCGUCGUCUUCCUCUAGUUCAAAACCUUCGUUGGAAAUGGAGAUGGACUACAAGGCUGUGGCGGACAUCGCCGUUUCAAAGUUCAAGAAGGUUAUUACUCUUCUGGGUCGGGCCAGGACCAGCCACGCUCGCUUCAGAAGAGCCCCUUUAAAGCCAAGAGAAAGAGAAGCCUUCGGCUUCUGCACCCAACAAAGUUUACUAAGCCACCUCGAUCCAGCAGAUCCCACCUCUUCCUCACUACAACCUCAAUAA